AUGGCCACUCCUGAUCCUGAAACCAAGGACGAUGUUUCGCGCAUGCUAGAUCGGGUCGAAGCUACGUCAGCUAGCUCAGAGCUCGAGACCCUCUUCACGAAGCUUCACGCUUCAACGCGCGUUCUGGAGUCAGCCGUCCUGGAGCCGCUCUUCUCCAAGAGAGGCGUGCGCAUCCUAGGCCUCCACGGUUUCAGUGACAAGCCGGGCCCGGAACACUUGCCGGCCCUGAGGUGCCUCAACAAUGUCCUCGUCCGCUCAGCCGAGUCUAGGCCAAUGGUUGCCACCGAAGUCGGGGCCGACAGGAUUGUGGCUGCCUUCAAACGCGCCGACCCCGACGACGAGCUGGCCCUUGCCAACAUUCUCAUCUUUGCCUGCUACGGCACCAGCUUGGAUCUGAAGCCAUCGUUCGAAAAGGAUGGCCUUGCCGAUGCGAUCAACAGCAUCAUCGCCCGCAACGCAGAGCAGGGCUCACUCCCCACAGCCGAACCCACAUCGGCAUGCUCGGCAAGUUUGAGGCUCCUGUCGACGCUAGGCGCCACCUACGAGUCCCAGACGGACCGGUUCCUCGACUCCGUGGACCCCGUGAUGGAGAUGCUGACCAGGACCAAGGUCCCCUCGCCACCUCUCCAACCCUCCGUCUCCCUCCUGGUGAACUGCCUGCCCUUCCUGCCGCUCCAGAAGAAGACGGACAUCUCCGUCGCAGCAGUGGACAAGCUGACCGAGAUCCUGGGAGCCUCGCUGGCCGCCUACGGCACCAUGGCCGACGAGCACGAGCUCCAGCCGCUGCUGCUGGGGCUUCUCAACCUGUCGCAGUCGGCGGGGGGCAGCCAGGCCAAGACGCGCCUCCAGACAAGCCUGGUGCCCGGCGACGAGGACCGCAAGGAGGCCCUGGGAAAGGGGGCCACGCUUCCCCACAAGAUCCUGGGCCUGGCCAGCUCGUCCAUGUCGCCCGAGGUCCGAGAGCUCGUCAUGUCCCUGUUCUUUGAGCUGUCGGACAGGGACCCCUCCAGGUUCGUCCACAACGUCGGCUUCGGAAACGCGGCCGGCUACCUGUCCACCAAGGGGAUCGACAUCUCGCAGAGCGCCACGGCGAGCGCCGAGGCCGGUGGUGCCGCCAUCAACCCCAUCACGGGCCAGAGGAUAGAUUUCGAGGCCAAGGGUCCCGAUCUGCCUGAGAUGACGGACGAGGAGAAGGAGCGCGAGGCCGAACGGCUAUUCGUCCUGUUUGAGAGAGCGACGGGUGUGGUGGACGUGGAGAACCCCGUCACCCGAGCUGCCCGGGAGGGAAGGAUACAGGAGUUGCCUGAUGACGAGAGCGACGACGACAAGACUUGA